UAAUAAUAUUAAGAAAAUUAGUUUUUAUUUGGUGUUAAUAAAUAAAAUUGUGUGUUAAAAUGAAAAAAAAAAUGAAUUGGAAAUUAAAUAAAACAAUUAGAAUAAAGAAAAGAAAAGAAAAUAAAAGAAAAGAAAUAAUAACAAUAAUAAUGGAUUGGGCUUAGUUUUUGAGUUGGGCUUGGAGCAAGUGGGCUGGUGGUUUUUUUUAAAAAGCCAUGUGAAGUGGGCUGGGCUGUUAGUAAAAAGAAAAAGAAAAAAAAAAAGGAAAAGGGGGAAAAUUGGAAAAGUGCAGCACGCGGGAGAGAGAGAGAGAGAAAAGGGCACUGUUCAUAAAUUAGGGCACUUGCCGGAAUUUUGAUCGGACGUUUGAACGGCCAAACGAUCUCCGUUUCGGCCCAAAUUCGGAGGAAGUAUUCUAUUCGACUAGACGAACAAGCCUGCGGUGGCUGAUUUUGUUUUUAACGGCUAAAUUUUCAGAUCUGAGGGUUUGUUAAACUUGAAAUGGCGGGAAGGACCAGAGGAGGAAGAUCAGAGAGGAAUGAGGAGUUGGAGACAGUUAGAGAAGAACUCCGAGAAGUAAGAAGAGAGUUGAGAGAAACUGUUGAAUUGAUGAGAGGCCAGGGUUCCAGGAGAGCAGGAGGUACCCAGGGCCAUGAGGAUUCAGGCCACUCACAUAGGAGGAGCCGCACUGAGAGGCCAGUAAUGAGCCAAAUGGAAGCAAUGAAGAGGUUCAUGGUGAUGCAGCCUCCAUCUUUUAAUGGAGAGCCCAGUGCUGAAGCAGCUGAGCAUUGGUUGAGGAGGAUGAGAAGAAUUCUGGUGGGACUGGACAUACCUGAGGAAAGAAGGGUAGGUCUGGCAACAUAUAUGCUUGUGGACAAAGCUGAUUUCUGGUGGGAAUCAAUGAAAAGGGUGUAUGACACUGAGGUUAUGACCUGGGAGGAAUUUGAGAGAAUCUUCCUAGGCAAGUAUUUUGGGGAAGUGGCUAAGCAUGCCAAGAGGAUGGAGUUUGAGCACCUCAUCCAAGGAACCAUGUCAGUGCUGGAGUAUGAGUCACGUUUCUCAGAGUUGUCUCGUUUUGCUUUGGGGAUGAUCAGUGAGGAAGGAGAAAAAGCUAGGAGGUUCCAGCAGGGGUUGAGACCUGCUAUUAGGAACAGAUUAGUCCCACUGGCAAUAAGGGAUUAUUCUGAGUUGGUUAAGAGGGCUUUGUUGGUGGAGCAGGACAUUGACGAAACCAACCAAAUUCGAGAGCAAAAGGGGGACAGAAAAGGGAAACAAAGAAUGGGGGAAAGUUCUCAGGGGCCACAGCAGAGGCAGAGGACUCAGCAGUUUGAGAGGCGUCCCUCGUUCUAUGCAGGAGGGGGGCAGAUUGCUCAGGGGGUGGCUGCUAAUAGAGUAUGUUAUGGUUGUGGAUCAGGAGACCAUUUAUGGAGGGCUUGCCCAUUGCGAGGCACACAGCAGGCACGACCUCAGUCUCAGGGAAGUUCUCAGCAACAGUCAGUAGUGUCUUUCCAGCCCCCUCAGCUUCAGUUGCCUUACUAUCAGAUGCCACAAUUACCCCCAACAGCGCAGGGAACCAGGACAACUACCACGAGUCAGACCCGCUCUUCUCAGGGGUCGAAUGCUAGAGGUAGGGGAAGGCCAGCAGCAGGAAGAGUUUUUGCCUUGACCCCAACAGAGCUAGAGGAGGAUGCCCUUUUGGUGGAAGAUGCAGAUAUCUCUCCUGAGGAUCCACAGGUGGGACAGGGAGGACUUCAGGAUGCUCCUGGAGCGGCCUAGUGGAGCGUGGCAUUUAUUUGUUAUUGUGUUCCCUUUUGGAUUUUGGGGAUUUGUUUUAGCAAUUAUGACUCAUGGAUUAGCUAUGAAGCUUUAUUUGAUUAAGUUGUUAAUUGUGAACUUUUAUUUUGGACUAUAAUGAAUAUUUAUUUAAUCUUGUUGUUUUGAGUA